AUGUUACAACAAGUUCCCUAUCCGCAACAGCAACUGCAACAACAACAACCCAUCAUGAAUGCAUCAACGGCAAUGGGAGGAUACAUGAUGCCCAGUACAUAUUCUGGAAAUUUUGUGGCACCGACUCCGAAUCAACAACAAGGCUAUUACAACUUGAAUUCGUCUCAAUGUGUUGUUGGACAAGGCCGUCCUUCCACGCCAGUCGCCCUUCCAUCAUCGACGACGAGAGGAUAUACUGCCAAUCAACCUAUGGACAUGCAUUCUGCUCAGCAGGGUCAGGUCUUGAUCAAUAAUUGGGUAAAUUCGCAACCAAACUCAAUGAUGACCCGAAAACCUUGUUGUCUACCUGAGAGUGGCAUUUCCAACAAUCCUAAAUACUUGCAAGAGCUAGAAGGAGGCGAAUUUCAAGCGUACAAUCCCAACAAGAAGUACAACCGAAAGAAAAUUUGUUUUGAGGUUGUCAAGGAAUCGAAGCCUAGACUCGAAAAUCGAUGGCAAACAGAGCAUCGAGACAACUUUGGAUACUAUGCAUGUUCGAAUGCAAUGGCAGCAACUGUCACAAGCACGUCGCCAGCCGGCACUCCUCAAGUAACCACCAAUGAAGCAGCCGAGUUUGCCGAUGUUUUUGCAGAUGACAAUAACAAUGAACCCAAGAGUGCAAAAUCUCAACAACAGAAAAAGAAAGCAUCUGGUGGAAGCAAUUCAACUCAGAAAAAAAGCGCUACCGAAACAAUUCCCUCACAAACCAAAGCAGAAGCUCCACAAUUGACAGAAUCGAUCGAACGAAAGAGUCGAGGUGCCUAUCAAAACGAUGACAGCAACGCCACAAAGAAGAAAACCAAACAAGAAUUGUAUGCCGAUGUGUAUAGCAAGACCUUGUCGAAAAUUCAAGAAAAGGAAUACAAUCAAAAGAAACAGCUCAUGUCCAAACAAGACAUUGUCAAGGCCAAAUUAGUAGAAGAGGAAAAACUAAGCUUGGAACGAAAUCAAAAAGAAUUGAGCACAUACAUGAAUCGAGGAGAAAAAGCUCCAUUUUUCCCAUUUGGUUAUUGUAACACAACACCUGUGAGUGAUAAGAGUUACAUGGUCACAUACAAUGUUGGUCCUCGAGAUUCGACUCAAGUCGCGAAAGAUAUUGUAGCAAGAAGAGCCAAAACACAUGAAUACGAUGGAUGGAAAAAACUUCUCGUCGAACAGGAAGAUUACAAACAAUGGAGACCAAAAAGUUAUUACUGGAAGACCUUUGAUCGAUUCGAUAAGUAUAAUCAGCCAGAGGGUGAGGAACGAAAAGAGCGACAUAGUUAUGGUGUGACUGAGGCAGAUCUUAAAGCCAUGCAGACUGAAAAUGUUGCCACUGCUUCCAAAUCCAAUUCGAAAAAACAAUCGAAAAAAGAACAGGAAUCGAAGAAGUCGUCAUCAGCAGCAGUAGUCACAGAGGAACAAGCUCCAAUUUCAUCAUCGACAUCAUAUAACGAAGAGAAGGUUGGAAAGGGAAAAUCUUCAAAUGUUGAUCCAUCUGCACAGGCUGAUGGAGUUGUCAACAAAGCGACAGGCGUUGUCUCAGGGUACGCUCCAGAGGAAUAUCAACAAGGAAAUGCUGCUUACAAUCAACCAUUCUUUUAUCCAUCUCAACAACCAUGUUUGGUACAAGGCAUGAAUAAUGGUUAUUUGGAUCCGUGUCAACAACAACAAUGGAUGCAACAACAAAUGAUACGAUCUUCGUAUGAAGGGCCAUUGUGCACGAUUUACAAGGAAUGCAAUUCGCCAAAUUUGUUCCAAAAGACUUUUCUAAUUUCAAUCCCAAACACUACAAGGGACUUCCUACGCAUUAUCUCAAUUAUAUAA